AUGGCGACGCGCGCGACGCGCGCGACGGCGACGGCGACGCCGACGCUUCGACAAUCGAUGACGGCGCUCGUGCGACUCGUGCACCCGGACGUGCUCGCGGCGACGCACCCCGAGCACGCGCGCGCGAACGGCGACGCGCUGGCGCACCUGCAGGGGACGCUGGACGACGCGCGCGGGCGAGGGGCGCUGCCGGGGGCGAGGGUGCGGCGAUUGCGAUUUUACGUGCGGGACGACGCGCGCGCGGAGGGCGUGCGAGACGUCGGGUUCACGCUGCGCACGACGGGAGGGGACUGUCGAAACGUGAUGCGACGGGAUUUGGGCGCGCUGUUCGCGCAGGUGGGGAUCGAGCGGGAGUUCGAGUGGGGGGAGGGCGAUUGGGGCGCGACGCGGACGGAGACGGAGGCGGAGGACGAAGGCGCGCGAGGACGCGGGGAGGGCGAGACGUCGAGGUCGAGCGAGACGCCGGAGGUGGCGCAGGCGUACAGAGAACAGACGACGACGAACGCGGGGGGCGGUGGGACGCGGACGAGGGACGUGCACGAGGCGCUCAAGGCGUUGGAUCCCGCGUUCGAGGGCGUCGCCGCCGUCGCGUGGUUGCGCGACGCGAGCGAAAACGCGGACGAGGGCGAACGGAAGCGCAUCGUCAUGUUUGAGGUGAUUCCGCAUCUCGUGCGCGAGGGAUGGAAUCUGAAGGGCGAGACGCUGGAGGCGAUUUGGCGCGGCGAACGCGACGAGAAGGUUUUAUUGGACGGGUUGGACGGCGGCAGCGCGUUGGCCGUCGUGUCCAUUUUAAAGCACACGAAGAAUCUCGAGCGCAUGUACGGACCAGCGCCGCGGAAGGAUUAG